AUGACUAAAAGAGGUGGAAAAGCUAAGGUAUUAGCACCAGGAAAACUUCAAGAAGAACGAAAUCGCAUAAUUAACAAGAAGCAUAUCGUUAGGAAACCUGCUCAAACAACAUUGUCUAUGCAGGAUGCAUCAUCGGCACCAACACCAGCUCAGGCAGCACCGUCCGUGCAGGUUGCAUCGUCGAUGCCGACAUCAGCUUCGAAAAAAUCAUCUGUGCAGGCUGCAUCGUCGAUGCCAACACCAGCUCAGGAAGCAUCGUCCGUGCAGGUUGCAUCAUCAAUGCCAACAUCAGCUUCUAAAAAAUCGUGUGUGCAGGCUGCAUCGUUGAUGCCAACACCAGCUCAGGCAGCAUCGUCCGUGCAGGCUGCAUCGUCGAUGCCAACACCAGCUCAGGCAGCAUCGUCUGUGCAGGCUGCAUCGUCGAUGCCAACACCAGCUCCAACUGUAGUACCUGUUCAUGCCACUACCUCUGAGAAAUUCAGUUUUAUGCCUACUCCAACUUUAAGCCAUCAAACAAUGGCUGGCCCUCAAAGUAUAAACCUUCAAACAAUGGCUAGCCCUUCAAAUUUGGCAGAGGAGGAAGAUGUGGAUGCUGAUGAGGAUGAGGCGGUGGGUCAAGAAACUAUUACCCCUCUUGUGCCAACAAUAGAUGAGAAUGGGAAAGUUAUUAUAAAACCAUCUGGUACUGGGCUAGUUCCUGCCAAAGAAGUUGCUGGUGCCAUUAAUUAUGCGAUACGCAAACAAUUUUAUAAACCUAUACAUCAUUGGUCUGCACUCGAUCCUGAUACGAAAGCUGAUUGGUUUAAGUUGUUUGGAGAGAAGGUUUCGUGGGAUCCUUUCGAUCAUGCAUUUGUCUAUAGUGCAUUUGAAAAAAAAGGAAGAAAACGAUUAAACGACAUGUUGGGGAAGGCGAGGAGAAAAGGGACUCGACCUUCAUGGAUUGGUGAUGAUGCUUGGGUUGAACUUCAAACUUAUUGGAAAAAGACCGAGUUUUUGGCAGUGUCUUCUCAAAACAAGACCAAUCGAGCUUCCGCAAGAGGCGGAGCAGUCCACACCACAGGCCGUAAGGCUCAUAUUGAUGUUGCACUUCAACUUUCACGUGAACUUCAAAGGGAUCUGCGUCCCGAUGAAAGCAGACUUAUUCAAAUUAAACUCUCCAAAAAGGAUCUAGUUAUCCAUUUUUAUAGUCUAAUUUGCAGUCCUAACACUAACAGUCCUAACACUAACAAAUAUUUGCUGCAACAAAAGACUUUUAAAGAGAAGUUUGAUGCAGAACUUCAGCCAACUGAAGAAGGGAAUGGAGAGGUUGUUCAGGUGUUAGAUGGAGAGCGUGUAAAUCAGCUAUGGACAGAGGAUGCUGGGGGCCGUAACCGUGGUCGGGUUUAUGGCGCUGCAGAUUUAGCUAUUAAUCUAAAACGUGGAUCAAAAAGUUUUACCCAACAAUCUCAAACUCCUCAACACUCUAUGUUUGGGAUGUCAUUAGAAGCUGAAAGAGCAGCUAGAAUUAGAGCUGAACAAAUUGCCGAGGCUGCAACGACCCAAUUACAAGAGGCUAACGAAGCAAUGCGAGCUGCUACCGAGGCUGCAAAAGCUGCUACCGAGACUGCACAAAGGAUGGAGAGGGAGAUGAAUGCUUGGAAGGAAUUUAUGAUGAAGAAAUUUGACACUUCAACUUUUGUAUCACAUUCUCAUCAUUAUGAUGACGAUUUGGAUGAUCAAUCAUUAGAUGAAGAUUGA